AUGACGACUCGACGCGACUUUCUCAGCCAGCCGGCUCCCGAAAACUACGUGGCAGGUCUCGGUCGCGGUGCUACGGGCUUCACGACUAGAUCUGAUCUCGGCCCUGCGCGCGAUGGCCCCAGCGACGACCAGAUCAAGGAGGCACUGGCCAAACGUGCCCAGCAGCUCGGAUUGGCACCGGAGAAGGGAAAGAAGGACAAGGACGAUGAAGAGGGUGGAGGUGGCGGCGGCGAUGACGAGCGAUACCAGGACCCGGACAACGAGGUGGGUCUCUUUGCCGGCGGCCUCUACGACAAGGACGACGAGGAGGCCGACAAGAUUUGGGAAUGGGUCGACGAGCGCAUGGAUCGACGAAAACGCCAGCGAGAAGAACGAGAAGAAGCCGAGCGCGACGAGUACGAGCGCAACAACCCCAAGAUUCAGCAGCAGUUUACCGACCUCAAGCGUGCGCUGGCGACCGUCUCCGACGAUGACUGGGCGAACCUCCCCGAGGUCGGUGACCUGACGGGCAAGAACAGACGAAGCAAGCAGGCGCUGCGACAGCGAUUCUACGCCGUCCCCGACAGCGUUCUGGCUGCGGCGCGCGAUUCGACCGAGAUGAGCGCGAUGGUGACGGACGAUGGCGGUGCGUCGUCAGGCGCGGAUGGUAGAGAGACCUCUGACGGCACAAUGACCAACUUUGCGGAGAUUGGCGCUGCGCGAGACAAGGUGCUCAAGUCGAGAUUAGAACAGGCUUCGCGAUCCGGCAAUGGCGACGCCAGCAACGGCAGCUCUACGAGUAUUGACCCUCAGGGCUACAUUACGAGUCUCAACAACAUGGUCAUGCCGGAGUCCGCGACGCAGGUCGGCGACAUCAACCGCGUUCGCGAGCUACUGCAAUCCGUGGUCAAGACGAACCCCAACAACGCGCUGGGCUGGAUAGCAGCCGCCCGGCUGGAGGAGCUGGCGGGCAAAAUUGGAGCCGCGCGCAAGACGAUUGACCAGGGCUGCGAGCGGUGUCCGAAGAGCGAGGACGCGUGGUUGGAGAAUAUCCGCCUGAAUCACGAGAGCAAUAACGCCAAGAUCAUCGCGCGGCGAGCAAUCGAGGCCAACAACCGGUCCGUUCGGCUAUGGGUGGAGGCCAUGCGGCUGGAGCACAUCCCCAACAACAAGAAGCGCGUAAUACGGCAGGCGCUGGACCACAUCCCCGAGUCGGAGGCGCUGUGGAAGGAGGCCGUCAACCUGGAGGAGAACCCCGACGACGCGAAGCUGAUGCUGGCCAAGGCGACGGAGCUGAUCCCGCUGUCGGUGGAUCUGUGGCUCGCGCUGGCGCGCCUCGAGACGCCGGAGAACGCGCAAAAGGUUCUCAACAAGGCGCGCAAGGCGUGCCCGACCUCGCACGAGAUCUGGAUCGCGGCGGCGCGCCUGCAGGAGCAGCUCGGACAGGCGGCUAAGGUCAACGUGAUCAAGCGCGGCGUGCAGGUGCUUGUCAAGGAGCAGGCGAUGCCGAAGCGCGAGGAGUGGAUCGCCGAGGCGGAAGCGUGCGAGGCGGACGGCGCGACCAUCACCUGCGAGAACAUCAUCCGCGAGACGCUCGGCUGGGGGCUGGACGAGGACGACGACCGCAAGGACACGUGGGCCGAGGACGCGCGCGGCAGCAUCAACCGCGGGCGGUACGAGACGGCGCGCGCCGUCUACGCGUACGCGCUGCGCGUCUUCGUCAACAGCAAGACGCUCUGGGCGGCGGCGGCCGACCUGGAGCGCGCACACGGCACCCGCGCCUCGCUCUGGCAGGUGCUCGAGAAGGCCGUCGAGGCGUGCCCGCACAGCGAGGACCUCUGGAUGCUGCUCGCCAAGGAGAAGUGGCAGAGCGGCGAGGUCGACGGCGCACGCCUCGUGCUCAAGCGCGCCUUCCACCAGAACCCCAACAACGAGGACAUCUGGCUCGCCGCCGUCAAGCUCGAGUCGGAGAGUGGCCACGUCGAGCCCGCGCGGCAGCUGCUGGCCGUCGCGCGCGAGCAGGCGCCCACCGACCGCGUCUGGACUAAGAGCGUCGUCUUCGAGCGCGUCCACGCCGACCCGGCCAACCCCGCCGCCGGCGCCGAGGCCGCGCUCGACCUCGUCCUCCAGGCGCUGCGGCUCUUCCCCACCGCGCCCAAGCUGUGGAUGCUCAAGGGCCAGAUCUACGAGGAGGACCUGGGCCGCGUCCCCGCCGCGCGCGACGCCUACGCCGCCGGCGUCAAGGCCGCCCCACGCUCCGUCCCGCUGUGGCUGCUCUACGCCUCGCUCGAGGAGCGCGCCGGUCUCCAAGUCAAGGCGCGCUCCGUGCUGGACCGCGCGCGCCUCGCCGUGCCGCGCUCCGCGGGUGGAGCAGAUCUUCCACCUGGAGGCGCGCACGCAGCGCAAGCCGCGGUGCCUGGACGCGGUCAAGAAGGUGGACAACGACCCGGCGCUGUUCGUGGGCGUGGCGCGGCUGUUCUGGGCGGAGCGCAAGCUGGACAAGGCGCAGGGGUGGUUCGAGCGCGCGCUGGCGCUGGACGCCGCGCGGGGGGACAGCUGGGCGUGGUACCACAGGUUCCUGCGGCAGCACGGGACGGAGGAGAAGCGCGCGGAGGUGGUGGCGAGGUGCGUGGCGGCGGAGCCACGGUACGGUGA